CGGCCCUGUUGUGAGAAUCGCUACGCGAUUGGCCGAGAGCGCUAGACCCUAUGAAACCUGACAGUCGAUUGGCUACAACAUGUCGAGACACUGACGAGCACGACGUCUCGGCUCUAUUGUUAUUGUGGCGUGCACGAGAAGAACGGGUAGGAUGCACGAGGAGACAGUGAGGCUGAUAAAAGGAUAAAACAACUCAGAAACACUAAGCUGACGCUGUACAACAUUUGAGAAAUAAAUAUUAGCUCAACAUAUAUAUACAGGGAUUCGCAAAACGUCACGCCUGUGCGUACAGAGCCAAACACAGGGCUAAUACAAAGGGGUAUAAACCAUAUACCAGCUCUGGUCAACACAUACAACACGUAAAGCUAUCUGAGCACGAAUUGUCGGAUAGCUCAGCGAUCCUCCUGUCCAAGUUCUCCCCACUCCGGCCAAUGUGGACUGAUUCAGAGCUGGGUCAUCAUGAUGCCAAUGAACUUUCUGGUCACUCAUUGGCUGACCAACUUAAUACCAGCAGCAUCAUGUCGGUGAAUCCUCCAAGCAGCAAUGAUGCUUGUCUCAGCAUUGUCCACAGCCUUAUGUGCCAUCGGCAAGGUGGAGAGAACGAGGGCUUUGCCAAGCGGGCCAUUGAGAGCCUAGUGAAGAAGCUGAAGGAGAAGAAGGAUGAGCUAGACUCACUCAUCACUGCCAUCACCACCAAUGGUGUCCAUCCCAGCAAGUGUGUCACCAUCCAGAGGACGCUAGAUGGACGGCUACAGGUGGCGGGGAGGAAAGGUUUCCCUCAUGUGAUUUAUGCACGGCUGUGGCGCUGGCCUGACCUCCACAAAAAUGAGCUCAAGCAUGUCAAGUUCUGCCAGUAUGCCUUUGACUUGAAGUAUGACAAUGUUUGCGUCAACCCAUACCAUUAUGAGAGGGUGGUGUCUCCAGGCAUCGGUAGGCCAGCUUCAUACUUCAGCAACUCUAACUUGGACUUGACAGUUGGUCUCAGCCUUCAAAAUACUGCAGCAGCAUCGGGUGGGCUGAUCAAAGAGGAAUACAUCCAUGACUGUAUUCAGAUGGAUCUGCCACCUGGCAUGCCUCUGUCUGACCACCAGGCGGCCCUGAAGCUGCCUCCUCCCGACCACUAUAGCCAGCCAUUGCCUCCUCAACAGCUGUCUUCUGAGCAACAUGGACCCCCACCUGUUACCAGAUAUACUAACUUGCCUGUCUCCCCGAAAGUGUCCAGCUCUGGUGCCAUGCUACCACUGCAUGGUGAUGCCCGCAUCCAAACUGCAUCUCCACAGGCUCAUGUCAUGACCCCAGCGCCGCGUCCUCCAACCCCAACCCAACCCCCUCCACAGCAACAGGCUGCCCAGCAAUCCUCGCAGCCCCCCCACCCACAACAACCCUCCAUACCUCCUUCUCACUCGCAUGGACAGAAUGGAUACAGCAGCAAUAAACACUCUCAGAGUCAGACUGCCUUCCACACAGUGUGGACAGGCAGCAGCACAGCCUCCUACACUCCCAUAGGACCCCAGCAGAACGGACGUGGUCACCAACAGCCUCCCCUCCAUCACCCAAACCAUCACUGGUCUCAGCAUCAUGGCUCAACUUCUUUCUCUGUUUCUGUGUCCAAUCAUCCAGGACCAGAAUUUUGGUGCUCUAUCUCCUACUUUGAAAUGGACGUUCAAGUGGGUGAGAUGUUCAAGGUGCCCUCCAGCUGCCCUGUAGUGACUGUAGACGGUUAUGUUGACCCAUCAGGAGGUGAUCGCUUCUGCCUCGGGCAGCUGAGCAAUGUCCACCGCACAGAUGCCAGUGAGAGAGCCAGGUUACACAUAGGUAAAGGCGUGCAGCUGGAGUGCCGUGGUGAGGGUGAUGUGUGGAUGCGUUGUAUGAGUGACCAUGCUGUAUUUGUACAGAGCUACUACCUCGACAGGGAGGCAGGCCGUGCACCAGGCGAUGCUGUGCACAAGAUAUACCCCGGAGCCUACAUCAAGGUGUUUGACCUGCGGCAAUGCCACAGACAGAUGCAGCAGCAAGCGGCGACAGCUCAAGCUGCAGCCGCUGCACAGGCCGCUGCUGUGGCAGGAAAUAUUCCAGGUCCCGGCAGCGUCGGAGGCAUCGCACCUGCAGUUAGUCUGUCUGCAGCAGCAGGGAUUGGUGUGGAUGACCUGAGGCGGCUGUGUAUCCUUAGGCUCAGCUUUGUGAAGGGAUGGGGGCCCGACUACCCUCGGCAGAGCAUCAAACACACACCCUGCUGGGUGGAAGUUCACCUGCACCGUGCCCUGCAGCUUCUGGAUGAGGUGCUGCACACUAUGCCUUUGGCAGAUCCAGGGCCUGCUAACUGAGGACCAAAACCAAGUUCAAAUUCCAAUCUGGAUUCUAUGAAUGUGCACACAGACAUAUGUUUGGUUAUUUUUGCUUCAGGCCAAAUAUGCUAUCUAAUUGAUACAUACAGGAAAAACACACAGAAAACAUAAAUGUUCUGUCAUUUAUGUAACAAUCAACACACACAUCACACUAGCUCUGUUUACAGCUGGCACUGAAAUGCAUCUUGGGCAAUCUGAUUACAAGUGGACAGCUCUAAGCACAGGAGUGAAAUGCACACAACACACAUUAAGGACACAUUGGAAUCUGGAUCUGGACAAAAUGCUUGUACUGUGCCACAGUAUGCCUGUGUGUGCCAGUGUGCUCCGUGUCUUAUUUCACAAUUACACCACAUUUAUGAAGGAAAACAACAUUUUAUUGAUGUGAUGUAAACGUCAAAUUUCAUGCCUCAAGUUUGUGAGUUCUUGCAUUCAGAGAGACUUUGUUUAAACUUUUUUAAACAAUCUGGCAAAUGUUACCUCAGAUCAUUUCUUUGUUUGUGUAAAAAAUUGGGUCUGUCUGUUAACUACUACAAUUGGUCUGCCAGUUAAAAUGUGGUCCUUCUAAAAGGGAUGUAGGCCUUUAUUUGUGCAUAGGGCGAGAAAGUGAAAUCGGCCUCACGAGAUGCACUUGCAGAUGCGUUCUAAUAAGGUACUCUGUCCACUUGUGAUUGGAUCACCCAAGACGAUUGUUAAUGCUAGGUGUUAACAGGGCCACUGUCUGACAGACAUACUCACACACACACUGCACACACACUGUAACCAAAAGGUCUGUCUCCAGACAGACAUAAAAAUGCUGAUGUCUUUGGGAUUUCUUAUGGCUUUACUCUGUACAAUCUAAACUCAAAUACAAGGAGUUGGAUCUCUGAAAGUUAA